UUUUUUUUUUUUUUUUUUGUUUUUUUUUUUUUUUUCUUCCUCCUCUUCCAUUCCUCCUGCUGGAGAGAGGUGAAACUAUACAUGGGUACUUCAUUUGGCGACGCCGUUUUCCUUCGCAGCCGCGCGAGAUGAUGAGGUUUAUUUAAGACUAUAGAUGUAAAGAAGAGGACGAAACAUCCAGCUCUUCAGGGGUGGGUUUUUUUUUUCUUCUUCUUCAUCAUCCUCUUCCUAUACGACGAAGACGGGAGCGUAAAGGAGCCAGAGGAAGAAAGGAGAAAGGAAUUUAUCUCCGCAGCACUUUGGAUCGCGUCCUUCCAGCAAGAAAAAGGUUUUCUUUUUUCAGCCCCUCUGCUUGUUUUUUUUUACUGCCUCCAUGUGAAUCGCUCCUGCCUUUCUUUUGUGGCUAUUUUUUUUUAUUUAUCCAGCUGGUAUUUUUUUCCUCAUUUGGACUCGGGUUUUCCUACAAGAUUAGGAGAUUCCUGAAUGGCUGACUGCAAUAUACCUUGGACCUGGCCUCCCGAUACUUGCUCCUGAUCGGGUGCCUUUCCAGUCGCCCUCCUGCGUUUUGAAUGUAUUGAUCGCCUUUGCUCCCCCCCUCUGAACCCAUAUGAGACUGCGUGCGCCGAUUUGACUUUGCACUGUCCCGGCUUUUUCUUUCAGAUCGCUCGCCCCCCCCCAACCCCCUUUUUUUUUUUUUUUUUUGGUGAUUAUAUUGUUUUUUUCUAUUUUCUCUCCACUGCGCUCCAUCACCAUCGGCGAUCAUUUCGCUUUAUAGCACUUUCCGGGGCCGAGAUAUGGCAAUGGUAGUUAGCGUCUGGCGAGAUCCGCAGGAGGACGUGGCCGGAGGACCCCCGAGCGGCCCCAAUCCAGCAGCGCAGCCGGCGAGGGAGCAGCAGCAAGCGGCGUCCGCUGCGCCGCACACUCCGCAGACCCCCAGCCAGCCGGGACCCCCGUCGACGCCGGGGACGGCGGGGGACAAGGGGAGUCAGAAUUCUGGACAGAGUCAGCAGCAUAUUGAAUGUGUGGUCUGUGGGGACAAGUCGAGCGGCAAGCACUACGGCCAGUUCACCUGCGAGGGAUGCAAAAGUUUCUUCAAGAGGAGUGUACGGAGGAACUUAACGUACUCAUGUCGUGCCAACAGGAACUGUCCCAUUGAUCAGCACCACCGGAACCAGUGCCAAUACUGCCGGCUGAAGAAGUGCUUAAAAGUGGGGAUGCGGCGUGAAGCGGUUCAGCGAGGACGAAUGCCUCCAACCCAGCCCAACCCAGGCCAGUACGCGCUGACGAACGGGGACCCCCUGAACGGCCACUGCUAUCUGUCCGGAUACAUCUCGUUGCUGCUGCGGGCAGAGCCCUACCCCACGUCCCGCUACGGGAGCCAGUGCAUGCAGCCCAACAACAUCAUGGGCAUCGAGAACAUCUGCGAGCUGGCGGCUCGCUUGCUCUUCAGCGCCGUGGAGUGGGCGAGGAACAUCCCUUUCUUCCCCGACCUGCAGAUCACCGACCAGGUGUCCCUUCUCAGGCUGACGUGGAGCGAGUUGUUUGUGCUUAACGCGGCCCAGUGCUCCAUGCCUCUGCAUGUGGCUCCUCUGCUGGCCGCCGCGGGCCUCCACGCCUCCCCGAUGUCCGCGGACCGCGUCGUGGCUUUCAUGGAUCACAUCCGGAUCUUCCAGGAGCAAGUGGAGAAGCUUAAGACCCUGCACGUGGACUCGGCAGAGUACAGCUGCCUCAAGGCCAUCGUGCUCUUUACAUCAGACGCUUGCGGCCUGUCGGACGCUGCUCACAUCGAGAGCCUGCAAGAGAAAUCCCAGUGCGCACUGGAGGAGUAUGUGAGGAGCCAGUAUCCUAACCAACCGAGCCGCUUUGGCAAGCUCCUGCUGCGGCUGCCCUCUCUACGCACCGUCUCCUCCUCGGUAAUUGAGCAGCUGUUCUUCGUCCGCUUGGUAGGUAAAACUCCUAUUGAAACCCUCAUCAGGGAUAUGCUAUUAUCCGGGAGCAGCUUCAACUGGCCUUACAUGUCCAUCCAAUGAUCCUUACGUGAGAAAAAAGAAAGUGGAACGAACAAAAAGGACCAAAUUUCUGCACCCACAUCCUCCUUCAAGAAGACUUUAUAUAUAGGACCUUUUUUUUUCUGAGAAACUUGGAAGACAUUACUUUUUUUUUCUCUCCUGUCUUCUGGAACUGUGAUGGAAUACAUCAUGUACAGAGAAAUAUUGAAACUGGACUUGUGUAAAUCCACCCUCAUCGUCAAGAACAAUACUCUUCAUUUUGUAAAAUACUAGUCUUUAUUUUCUUUUUUUUUUUUUUGUAAAAAAAAAAACAAAUAAAAUGAAAAACAUCAUAUGCGCAGUAAGAAGAAAAAAAAAUGAAUCAAGACUUAGCGGAAAAAUAAUGUUUCCAAGCAAUUAUAAGAAUUGUCCUGUGUCUAUGUACCUCUCUGUUUUGUAUUUUUUCUGGUUCUAAACCAGGCUUUCUGUGAUUCUAUACUAAUAAUUUUUUUGAUAUAACCUUUUGCUUCUUAUAAUGAGUGCGAUAUAUGUUGUCGAAGCUAUGUUCUCCAAGAAUUAAAAUUGAAGUGAGAAUUUAAAGGAAGAGGAAAAAAAAAAGAAACAUCACAGACAAAUAAAGAAAUUUAGACAAAUAAGAAACAGUCUGAUCGCUGUGACAAUAUGAACAACUGAUGGUUGAACUCUUUUUAGUUUCACACACACACCUCCACACCCCCCAACUGAUACACGAUGGACCUGCAGCAGCAGCAAACUGACCUCCAGGACAUUUUUAAUGACAUUUUUAACUCCAGGAACGUCUGGGGGCGCCUUUUCCAACCCCCUCCUCCUCCCUAGCGCGGGGGCAACGAGUGCGUGUGGAGUGUCGGUCAUCAAGUCAAAGAGGAGAGACAUGAAAAUCAAAAAAAAGAAAAAAAAGCACUUUUAAUAUAUCAUUUCAAAAACAUUUUGUUUGUUUUGUCUUGGGGGAAAAAAAAUCAUUGUUUCUUGAAUUUUAUUGGUUGUUGCCUUCGAUUUGCUUACUCCAUGAUGCAGCUUUUUUCCUCUUUUUUUUUUUUUUUUUUUU